UAGCCGUGUAUAAAUAUGUAAAGGGCAAUGGCGAAUCUGUAUAUAUUUCGUAAAGUUCUGUCUACAUGAAGACCUAAAAUUUCAAACCUCAGACAGUGUGUUUUUAACGGGAAAGAACAAGAGAAAACACAAUGAUAAGCUACUACUCGUGGAUGAGAAGAGGAAAACAGUGAAAAGAGGAGUCUUGUGCUGAAACACGGAAGGGAGAAGGAGGUAGCUAUGAUCAGCGCUUCAAAAGGGAAAACAUAAUCCAUAAACAAACUGAAUCAACAUACUCGGCUGGCCAAACUAACGUUAGCUGCAUUUCAGCCGUUGGUGGCCUAGUUAGUCAGCUGGCUAGCAAAGUUAGAUUCCCCCAAAUUGGAAACCGGGGUGUCAGUUUGUGCUCUUGUUUGUGACCGAAGAUCGAGGGUGGAUACCCGGUUUGCUGGCGGGUUUGGCUUGCCGUCACAAAUAGGCUAGCCGGCUGGAUAUGCUUGUGAUUGCUAGCUAAGAUAACAGAUGACAGAUCGUACAUUGUCGCCUCUCAAACACAGUUCAGAACACAAUGUUAUAACGUCAGGUAGCUAGGCGGUUAGGUAGCUAGCUAGCUAGCUACGUGCUUUUUAAAGGAGCAAAGCUGUGUGUUUGUAGAGCUAAAUUAGCUAGCUAGCUAGUUCCGACCAUUGCCAAAUGCCUAACGUUAGGUAGCAAAAGAAGAUAUCCAACACAUGUUUACAGGGACUUCUGGCGGAAGAAUCUGUGUCCAAGUCGGCUAGGUAGCUAGCUAGCAAAUACAUUCAGGUGUUUCUCAAACAGUUAGCUAGCUAGCUACCUAGCAGGUUAGCUAAAUAUUACAGGCUGGAAUUAAUCCUAUCUCGGUAACUAGGCUAGGCUAAAUUAAAUUUGAAAAAUAAUUUGGUGGCUGGUUAUUUAAAUCAAUGGCUGUAAGUGUCUACAGUGCUAUUAAACUGAAUGGAUAUCAAGGGCCCCCCGUUAAAAUGAGAGUUUAGCUGAUGAGCUAGCAAGUUAGCCAUUAGCAUCCGGCUAAUAAAGCUAUUCGGUAGCUAAGCUAUCGGUAUAUUUGACAUAUCCUGUUUGACAAACAUGGGCAUGAUUUGCAGUUUUAAUUUCGCUUUGUGUGUUUUCUCAGGGCCAGAAAGCUGCAGACUGCUCAGAUACCCACGUUGUAAAAAAGUAUGCCUCGUUAAUAGCUAAGUAAAAAAUGAUGAAAAUAAAAAUACAACCUGAGCCAGUUAGCUAGCUAAUGUUAGCUAAGUUGAAAAAGUCCAAACCAUUCUCUGUAGAAUCCAAACGCAUAUCAUUCUAUUUUAUUUUGGGAUCCGACAGUAUGACCUGCUGUGGCUGGCUGUUAGGAUGAUUAUAUUUACAAGCAUACGUCGAGCAAUAUAUUAUUAAAAGCCAUCGUAUUGAAGCCCUGUUACUUCAUCACAUAACCAGAAUAGAAAAGCCGUCGGUUUUUGGUCAUUAUAAUUAACAGUAGCUAGGUAGUUACGACGUGUUCAGUAUGUUCGAGGAAUAUUACCAUAAUAACUUUUAAUUUAUUGAAGUGCUGGAUACGCGUGAAGAAACCAAACGAAACGAUCUUUUCCUCCCAGUGGAUGUUUUUUCCGUUGGAUCAACAGUGUGCCAAAUUUUUUUGUAUUGCCCAGAUACUAAAGCGGAGGGUUCUGUGUUUUCAAGAGCUGCACAGCAAAGUGUCCCGGUUCUGAAAAGAGGACAUGCGAGUGUUGUCUUUACAAAGGUUGAAGCAAAGAAACUCCAAACUGUAGAGAAUUACCUCCCGGAGGAUACCUUCCUCGUAUAGACUUAAAAGCCGACCGAUCGUUCUCGAUGGAGCUACAAACGCGGAGGUGAAAAAGGAGCGGGGAUCGAGGCGAAAAGUUUGAAACCAGACUUGGGCCUUGGGAAAGAGGGGUGCCACAUCUCUGGUUUGAUUCACCCCCAGGAAAAUAUGGGUUCUCAGGCUCUUCAAAUCCUGCGGCAAGGCGUGUGGGCCUCCCUGACCGGGGGCUGGUACGUGGACCCGCACCAGAGCACCUUCUCCAACUGCUUUCAUCUGUACCUCUGGAUCUUCCUCCUGGCCUUCCCCUUCCUUCUCUAUAUGGCUCUCCCCUCCAGCAUGGUGGUUGCCGGGGUGUACUGCCUGGUGGUGGCUGUCUUCUUCACAGCCAUCAAGGUGGUGAACUUCCGCCUGCACGCCAUGUUUGACCUGGGGGAGAUCGUGGAGAAGAGGCAGGCCUCUCUGACCGCCGAGGGGCUGAGGGUGGAGGAGGCAGAUGAGGGCUCCGGGCCCCACAACCGAAACCAGCACAGGGACAGUGGCGGAGGUGUGGAGAUGACGGUGUUCCCCUCCCGCAGGGACAGUGGCGGAGGUGUGGAGAUGACGGUGUUCCGAAAGGUGAACUCGACCCCCCCGGUGCGAUGCAGCUCCCAGCAUUCUCUCUUCGGUCUGAACCAGGUGUCGGAAUUCCUGCCUCAGCUUGAUGACACAGGAGGCUCCAAAGAUAUCAAGGACCUGAUGCGGGAGCAGGGCAGCAACAACAUGAUCGUGACUUCAGCACACAGAGACAUCCUCCGACACAGCUCUCAGGACACUAUCAGGGCUGCCAGCGUGGUUCAGUCGUGCCUGGCGGCGGCGCUGGCGGGGGACUUCCCCAGCCUGAUGGGGGUGGGGGGGUUUGGGAGCGGCGUGCCAGGAGAGUGCCCCUCCAUCCCCCCGUCCCCGUCCAGCCAGGGGGAGGGAGAGGAGAAGGAGCAGGUGGAGGAGGAGGGCGGGGAGCUGUCCCAGCGCAGCCCUGAGGAGGAGGGCCUGGGGGGGUACUCUCCCCUGGGGCCGUGCGCGGAGUCGGAGAGUCUGGGGGACGCCCCGCUGAGCCCGCUCAUUAAGAGCAGCCUGAGCGAGGAGCUGAGCGAGAACCUGCUGGGGCUGGGGCUGGACCCCGACGCCUUCGCACCCGGAGCCGAGCACCCCCCCGGCCGCGGCGCCGUCGCCAUGGCGGCCGGCUCCACCGACAGCUGCUUCAGCGGGGGCGGGGCCACCACCGACCGCGAGACCCUCAGCACGGUCAGCAGCUACCGCAGCGAGAAGACCGACUCCACCCAGCUGGAGAGCCCGUCCCUCAGCCUGCCCCGCUCGGCCGCCCCCGAGGGCCCCCCCGCGGCCCCCCCGGGCCCCGCCCCGCGGCCGGCGGAGUGCUCGGGCCCGCUGGGGGGCAGCGACACGGACGACCUCUCAGACAGCGAACUGCUGCGCUCCCCGUCCCGGGACCUCUCCCUGGGGCAGGAGCUGGACCGCACCCUGGUGGAGGGGGACGGGGGCGUGCCUCCAGAGCUGCCCCCGGACACGCCCCUGCAGGACUCCUCCCCCUCCAGCAGCGGGCGCUCCGAGGCCUGUGAGGCGGAGCGGGGGGUGCCGCUGCCGCCCCUGCCCCCGCCCCGGCAGGCCAGCUCGGUGCCGGCGGGCCUGGGCUGCUCGGACCCCGCCCCCCCUGCCAGCCCCCCGCCCUUCCUGCUGUCCGAGCAGCAGCAGGUGGUGCGGCCCAAAGACCUGAAGCUGCUGCGGGGUGGGGCGGGGGGCGUGUCCGGUAGCGGGGCGGGGGCGGGGCACCGGCCCGGCCGCAGGAAAGCGCCGCGGAAGCGGGGCGGGGCGGGGGGCGGCAGCUUCGACUGCAGCUCGUACCGCCGCCGGCAGCACCGUGACUACAUCCCGGUGCGCAGCCGGCUGGGCGCCAAGGCCUACAGCGAGAGCCUGUUCGAGGACUCGAGCGACGAGGACGAGGGCAGCGAGGGCAGCGACCUGAGUGCCGCGUCCAGCCUGGGCUCGCAGCGCCGCUACAGCUCCGACGACGACGACGACUCCAGCUCCUCCACCUCCUGCUACUCCCCCGACUCGGCCGGCGCGGGCGCGGGGACGCAGGCCCCGCCCCCCUCCGCCCCGCAGCUGCCCGGCCCCGUUGAGGGGGCGGAGCCGGAGGCCGCGGGCCCCUCCCACCCGCGGGGGGCGCAGCGGUCGGCCAGCACGGCCAGCGCCAAGACGCACGCGCGGGUGCUGAGCAUGGACGGCGCGGGCGGGGGCCACUCCGGCAUGGGGGGCCUGGCAUCCGCCCCCCUGCCCCUACCCCAGGCCUCCGCACCCGCCCCCCGCCCCCUCACCGUCUCCAAGUCGGACCUGGAGGCGCGGACGGCCCAUCUGGAGGGCUUCCCCGGCGCCCACCGCCGCCUGGACUCUCAGGGAGGCUCAUGGGCCGGGAACCAGACGGGCUGGCGGGCGGGAGAGCUGCUGGAGGAGGGGGCCGUCGGAGGAGCCAUGGCUCCUGAGGAGGGCAGUAAGCGGGACUCUGUGAGCAGUGUGAAGAGGACGCAAGCCAUCCGCCGACGACACAAUGCAGGGAGCAACCCCACCCCGCCCCCCUCCGCCAUGGGGUCUCCGCCCAGCCUGCAGGACCUCCAGCGCACCCGCACCUCCUCCCACUCCCGGGCCCUCACCCUGCCCUCUGCCCUGCAGUUUGCCUCCUCCCUCCUGCUGCCCCGCGGUGGGGUGCACGAGGCCUCCACCUUCGACGACACGUCCGAGGGCGCCGUGCACUACUUCUACGAUGAGAGCGGAGUGAAGAGGUCUUACACUUUCGGAACCGCAGGGGGAGGAUAUGAAGACCCAGUGCAGGAGAGGGAGAGACAGUCGCAGUCCUCCAGCUUCACUUCCGCUGAUGUGCAGGAGGGGGCGCCGGUGCUGUCCAUGCUGCAGCCCAGGCCCGUGGUGCUGCAGGGGAUGCAGGUCCGCAGGGUCCCGCUGGAGAUCCCCGAGUUUGACCUGGACCACGAGUCCGUGCACGAGUCCCAGGAGAACACGCUGAUGAUCGAGGAGAAGGCCAAGCCCAAGCAAUACUACCGCUUCUGGGUGCUUCCGGGGAAGUGGCUCCGGGUUCGAUACGACCGGCUGGCCCUGCUGGCCCUGCUGGACCGGAAUCGGCGCGUGGGGGAGAACGUGUUCUCAGUGGCGCUGGCCAGCAUGGUGGCGUUUCUGGGGUUCCUGCUGCUUCUCCAGGGCUUCUUCAGGGACAUCUGGGUCUUCCAGUUCUGCCUGGUGAUCGCCAGCUGCCAGUACUCCCUACUCAAGAGCGUGCAGCCAGACGCCGCCUCCCCUAUGCAUGGUCAUAACUGGAUCAUCGUGUAUAGUCGGCCGGUGUACUUCUGCCUGUGCUGCGGUCUCAUCUGGCUCUUUGACCUGGCGGGAAACUCGGGCGCCCUGCAGCCCUUCACGCUGUACGGCGUCACCUUCUUCUCCGCCCCCUUCCUGCUCUGCGCCAGGGACGUGCUCAUUGUGUUCACCCUGUGCUUCCCAGUCAUAUUCCUGUUCGGGCUCCUACCUCAGGUCAACACCUUCAUCAUGUGUCUGCUGGAGCAGGUGGACAUGCACAUCUUUGGUGGAACAGCCACGACCAGCCCGGUGUCGUCCCUCUACAGCCUGCUGCGCAGCGUGCUGGUGGCGGCUCUGCUCUAUGGCUUCUGUCUGGGAGCCAUCAAUGCUCCAUGGGAUGACCUCCAUGUCCCGGUUCUGUUCUCUGUGUUCUGCGGGCUGCUCCUGGCCCUGUCCUACCACCUGAGCCGCCAGAGCAGCGACCCCACCAUCCUCUGGUCUCUGAUUCGCUCUCGGUUCUUCCCGGAGUUGGACAGCCGCAGCCCAGAGGAGCCCCCCCUGGAGAUCAAGGACCCCCUACCCGAGAAGCUGCGCAACUCUGUGAGAGAGACGCUUCACUCCGACCUGGUCAUGUGUCCUCUGAUGGCCGUCAUCACCUUCGCGAUCAGUGCCAGCACGGUCUUCAUCGCCCUGCAGCCCGCGCUCAGCCUGGUCCUGUACGUGCUGGCGGGGGUGGUGGGUUUCCUCACACACUACCUGCUCCCCCAGCUACGCAAGCAGCUGCCCUGGUUCUGCCUGGCCCACCCGGUCCUGCGCUCCCGCGAGUACUGCCAGUUCGAGGUGCGGGACGCGGCCCAGCUCAUGUGGUUUGAGAAGCUGUACGCCUGGUUGCAGUGUGUGGAGAAGUACUUCAUCUACCCGGCCGUCAUCCUCAACUCCCUGACCACGGAGGCCCAGGCAGCCAGCAUCCACCCCGACAAGCUGGGCAUCUACAGCCGCUCCCUCUUCAUCUCUCUGGCGGGGAUGAAGCUGUUGCGCUCCUCUUUCUGCACCCCGUCCCAGCAGUACGUCACCCUGUGCUUCACCGCCCUCUUCUUCCGCUACGACUACCCCAGCUUCUCCGAGACCUUCCUCCUCGACUACUACUUCAUGUCCAUCCUCUUCAGCAAGCUGUGGGAUCUUCUGUAUAAGCUGCGCUUUGUCCUCACCUACAUCGCCCCCUGGCAGAUCACCUGGGGCUCGGCUUUCCACGCCUUCGCCCAGCCCUUCGCCGUGCCCCACUCGGCCAUGCUCUUCAUCCAGGCGGUGUUCUCCGCCCUCUUCUCCACCCCCCUGAACCCCGUCCUGGGCAGUGCCGUCUUUGUCACCUCCUACACCCGACCCGUCAAGUUCUGGGAGCGCGACUACAACACCAAGAGAGUGGAUCACUCUAACACCCGACUGGCCACUCAGCUGGACCGGAACCCAGGUGCUGACGAUAACAACCUGAACUCCAUCUUCUACGAGCACCUGACGCGCUCCCUCCAGCACUCCCUCUGUGGGGACCUGCUGCUGGGCCGCUGGGGGAACUACAGCACGGGCGACUGCUUCAUCCUGGCCUCCGACUACCUCAACGCGCUGGUGCACAUCAUCGAGAUCGGCAACGGCCUGGUCACCUUCCAGCUGCGCGGCCUGGAGUUCAGGGGGACAUACUGCCAGCAGAGAGAGGUGGAGGCCAUCACGGAGGGCGUGGAGGAGGACGAGGGCUGCUGCUGCUGUGAGCCGGGUCACCUGCCCCACGUGCUGUCCUUCAACGCCGCCUUCGGCCAGCGCUGGCUGGCCUGGGAGGUGGCCGCCACCAAGUACGUGCUGGAGGGCUACAGCAUCAGCGACAACAAUGCCGCCUCCAUGCUGCAGGUCUUCGACCUGCGCAAGAUCCUCAUCACCUACUACGUCAAGAGCAUCAUCUACUACGUGACUCGCUCGGCCAAGCUGGAGGAGUGGCUGGCCAACGAGGCGGUACAGGAAGCUCUGCGGCCCUGUCACGCCCCCACCUACGCGGACAGCGACCCCACCUUCAACCUGAACAUCGACGAGGACUACGACCACCGUGCCGCCGGCAUCACGCCCGCCGCCUUCUGCGCCAUCUACCUGGACUGGAUCCAGUACUGCAACAGCCGGCGGCAGACGCCCGUGGAGUGCGAGAGGGAGUCCCCGCUGGUCACCCUGUGUUUCGGACUCUGCAUCCUGGGACGCCGGGCUCUGGGGACCGCCUCCCACAGCAUGUCUGCCAGCCUGGAGCCCUUCCUGUACGGGCUGCACGCGCUCUUUAAGGGAGAUUUCCGCAUCACAUCCCCCCGGGACGAGUGGGUGUUCGCCGACAUGGACCUCCUCAACAGGGUGGUGGCUCCAGGGGUGCGCAUGUCCCUCAAACUGCACCAGGACCACUUCACGUCUCCAGACGAGUACGAGGACCCGGUGGUGCUGUACGACGCCAUCACAGCCAAUGAGGAGAAGAUGCUGAUCUCGCACGAGGGCGACCCCGUGUGGCGAAGUGCCAUCCUGGCCAACAUGCCCUCGCUGCUGGCCCUGCGCCACGUCAUGGACGACGGCAGCGACGAGUACAAGAUCAUCAUGCUCAACAAGCGCUUCCUCAGCUUCCGUGUCAUCAAGGUGAACAGGGAGUGUGUGCGAGGGCUGUGGGCGGGGCAGCAGCAGGAGCUGGUCUUCCUGCGGAACAGGAACCCGGAGCGGGGCAGCAUCCAGAACGCCAAGCAGGCCCUGCGCAACAUGAUCAACUCGUCCUGCGACCAGCCCAUCGGCUACCCCAUCUACGUGUCCCCCCUCACCACCUCCUACGCUGGCGGCCACGCCCAGCUGCGCUCCGUCUGGGGCGGGCCCGUCAGCCCCCACAACAUCUACACCUGGUUCAUCAGCAGCUGGGACAGGCUGCAGAAGGGCUGUGGGGCCGGGUGCAACAGCGGGGGGAACAUCGAGGACUCUGACUGCGGAGGCGGCUCCUCCUCCAUCACCAACACCGCCUUGCACCCCCCCCAGGUCCCGCCCACACACGGCAGCGCCCCCCCUGCUCUCCCCCAGCCCCCCCUCACCACUGUCCAGCCCCCUAUGGGAACUGACAACCCCCUGGGUCCCGCCUGGCCUCUCCACCCCCAGCCCCUCCCCCUCGCCCUGCUCAGCCAGUCGGAGGGCAGGCGAGACGCAGGCCUGGUCUCGUCCCUGCAGCGUACCUCGUCCAUCCAGGGCCUGCUGGGCCAGCACCUGUCCAGCUCGCAGCUGUCCUUCAGCGGGCCCGUCGCCCUGGCCUCCUCUGAGCGGUUCUGCUCAGGCAGCAUGCAGGACUGCCCUGGUCCGCCCCCGCCCCAGCGAGGACCCCAGCGGUCUGGGCUGAGCCUCGGGCUGGGCGGGGCUGGCGGGCACCCUUACGAAGGGCUUUAUGGGAAAUGGAGUCUUUCGGGGAGGAAGGGCUUCAACGGGCCUGCGGCGGGGGAGGUGGACCUGACGGGGUCACAGACGACGCGAGCACAGCCUCCUGCUCCAGCCCCUCCCCCUGAAGCAGCUGAGCCAAUGGGGACGCCUUUGCCCAGUGAGACCACGCCCCUGAGUUCAGGGGACCCGCCCCCUGGCCGGGAGGAGUCCACAGAGCUGCCGCUACUGGAGCACCUGCGCUGAGACCUGCGCCCUCAGGCCUGGACCGGACCGGACCGAACCGGCCAGGACCGGUGCCCCCGAGUCAUUCCACCACACUAACAUUCGUACUGACGGAGGAGUAUCUGAAACACACGCACACACGCGCGCGUACGCGCUGUCCGAGGGAGCCACGCCCACACUCUCGCUUCCUCUCCCUGCUCCGCGCUCAGACGCUGCAGAAACGCUGUAAUUGUGACGUCACUCAGGACAGACGCGUGCCGCCCAGUGCUGGUGUGUCGCUUCUGACCGCCUCUCCGAUCCUCCCCCGUUCCCCCCCCCCGAACGCCAGCGCGCUCGGAAGCGGUGACGUCUUCUCUGAUCUCUCUGGGACCUACCAGCAACGGUGCAAUGCGCAAAAAGGGAAUUCAGAGCUCCUCCAUGGCCCUCUCUCCGGCUCCGGCCUGUCCCACUCACUCACACCCCACCAGACCUCUGCAUGCCCUCGUCCGCGCGGCGGGGAGCCCUCGUCCGCGCGGCGGGGAGCCCUCGUCCGCUCGGCGGGGAGCCCUCGUCCGCUCGGCGGGGAGCCCUCGUCCGCUCGGCGGGGAGCCCUCGUCCGCGCGGCGGGGAGCCCUCGUCCGCUCGGCUGUCUGUUUCCCCAGCUUUAGGAGGUGAGUGAAAGUGGGCUCAGGUCAGAGCAGGUGCUAUUUCUGUGCUAAGCAUUGAUGCUUCAGCCUGCAGAGGAUGCACACUCUCUCUCUCACUCUCUCUCUCACACACACACACACACGCACACACACACACACAC